AUGGUGGUUCAUGGUGCUUCAUGGUUGUUCAUGGUGGUUCAUGGUGGUGGAUGGUGGUUGAUGGUGGUUGAUGGUGGUUAUGGUGGUGGAUGGUGGUUGAUGGUGGUUCAUGGUGGUUCAUGGUGGUUCAUGGUGGUUGAUGGUCCGCUGGUUGGUGCCAUGGCUGGUCCGCGUGUGGAGUUAGCAGCAGCUGCCCCACACUUGCUCCAGACCUCACUUGACAACAGCCUGGAGCUGAUCUCAGAGACACCUAAACGGCAGGACCCUGUGCGCCGCAUCACAGCCAAUGUAAACACCGGCGGCCAUCUUGCUUCGCUCUCUGAACACUUGCCCAGCGGUCACUCCGGAGUCGGCCACAGUAUUUGA